GGCUCAUGUGAUAGUCUGUGCAACUGAUGCAUGAUUUCUUACAGUUCUUUCAGCUGAAUGGGUGUCUUCUGAGAUAUAGGUGGUCUAAUUGACAGAAUACAACUCAUACACUUGCACACAGCAAUUACACUGUUCUGGUGAUGUUUACAGCGGUGUCGCUGAAGUAUGUUUCUCUGGGGGUGUUGGUACUGCAGACCACCUUAUUGGUGCUGACAAUGCGUUAUUCGCGAACUCUGCAUUCAGAGGGGCCACGCUACCUGCCGUCCUCUGCCGUUGUGUCUGCUGAAGUUCUGAAGAUUUUUACAUGCAUACUGCUCGUCUUAAAAGAUCACAAUUUCAGAGUCUGUAGCUUGAAUCAGGUGUUGAAGGAGGAAAUAGUGAACAUGCCUCAGCUGACACUAAAGUUGGCAAUCCCUUCAGGCAUCUACACGCUGCAGAACAACCUGCUUUACGUGGCUCUGUCAAAUCUAGAUGCAGCCACUUAUCAGGUUACAUAUCAGCUGAAAAUUCUCACUACAGCCCUGUUCUCUGUGUCCAUGUUGGGUAAAAGACUCGGCAUUUACCAGUGGCUCUCUCUAGUCAUUCUGACAUUUGGCAUUGCACUUGUCCAGUGGCCAAGUGACACUUCAUCAGGCACCGAGCAGAAGGAUGUGACUGCAAGCUCUCAGUUUAUGGGGCUGCUGGCUGUGCUGGUGGCCUGCUUCUCCAGUGGAUUUGCUGGCAUCUAUUUCGAAAAGAUCCUCAAAGAGACCAAACAGAGUGUUUGGGUCCGUAACAUCCAGCUAGGUAUGUUUGGACUCAUGUUUGGGCUUGUAGGAGUGUGGGUCUAUGAUGGUGAAAGGGUGCGGCAGAAUGGACUCUUUCAAGGGUACAAUAUUCUAACGUGGACGGUGGUGGCUCUUCAGGCUUUGGGUGGGUUGGUCAUUGCAGCUGUGAUCAAGUAUGCAGAUAACAUCCUGAAAGGCUUUGCCACAUCCAUCUCAAUCAUUCUUUCCACCAUGAUUUCCUAUUUCUGGUUGCAGGAUUUUGACCCUACCAGUGUGUUCUUCCUGGGUGCUCUGAUGGUUAUCAGUGCUACGUUUCUUUAUAGUUAUGAGAGCACUCCUGCAAUCAACCCUAGUAAAGUAUAGAAGGCUGGCUUUGAGAUGGUAAAUAAUCUAAAACAGUCCCACAGAGUGUCUCUUAAGAUGCUCUCCUUCAGGUGCAGUCCAGGACAAGUGGACAAGUGGAAACUAUGAGGAUGCUAUUGGAAUUUAGCAAAUGAACCAGGUGUUUAAGGAGCAGAAUUGAGGACAACAUCCAACUAAAACUUGAAACUUGGUUGAAACUUAUUGUUUUUUGAACACAGGAACCUCUAUUUGUUAUGCUACAUGGGUCCAAUAAUAAGCAUUCUAUUAUUGUAUAGCUCUAAUAUCCUUUAAGACAGAGAUUGCAGAGAUCACUUAUGUUACUCUCAGUUGAGGACAUUUAAAGACAAAUAUUUUUUUUGUUGUUGCAUAAAAUAAAGAAGUUUCUGUGGCAGAGCCUCA